UGUGCCCACCUGCUCCUCCAUCCUCUCCGGGGAAAGGACGCCCCAGUGGCUCCACUGAGCAGCCUCCUGGGAAGAUGCAGCCACUCCUGCUCUCGCUGCUGCUGGCCUGUUUGCUGGCCCCCAUGGCAGAGGCAGGAGAGAUCAUCGGGGGACAUGAGGCCAUUCCCCACUCCCGACCCUACAUGGCAUUUCUAUGGAUAUCAGGUCAGAAAUCUGAGAGCUGGUUUGGUGACAAAUUCCAGCCAUUUCACAACAAGAGGCGUGUUUGUGGUGGUUUCCUGAUUCGAGAGGACUUUGUGCUGACAGCCGCUCACUGUAAAGGGAGCUCAAUCACCGUCAUCCUGGGAGCCCACGACAUCACCAUGCAGGAGAGGACCCAGCAGGUCAUCCCUGUGAAGAGAGCCAUCCCCCACCCAGAUUAUAAUCUUUGGACCAAAGCCAACGACAUCAUGUUGCUGCAGCUUCAAGGGAACGCCACGUUGAACACCAAUGUGAAAACCAUCAGGCUGCCCAAAAAGAAGAAAUCAGUGAAGUCGGGGAAGCUGUGCACUGUGGCCGGAUGGGGGCACUCAGGCGUCAAUACCCAGCUUGCACAUAAACUGCAGGAGGUAGACCUUGCAGUUCAAAAGAACAGUGUUUGCCUCCGUUUCAUCAAAGACAUACCUUACGACAACAGCAUCCAGAUAUGUGCCGGAGAGCCAGAAACAACUAAGUCUACAUUUGAGGGUGACUCCGGGGGCCCCUUGGUGUGUAAAGAGGUGGCUCAGGGAAUCAUCUCCUACGGGUCCCAGGAUGGGACGCCUCCAUGUGUCUUCACCAGGAUCUCAAGCUUUGUGCCCUGGGUAGAAGAAACAAUGAGACAACCCCCACCUCACCUCACCCCGGAUCCCGGCCCCUCCGCCCCCGGCCCGCCCCGAAAGUCUGGAUUCGCAGGGGCCGGGAGCCUCUCCCCGGGGCCUCCUGCCCGCCGUGCCCCCGGGCGCCGAGCUGCGCUGUCGGGGAGAACGCGAAAGUCCCAAGCCAGCCCCCGGGAGCCCCAGGACCCUCUGCCCGUGUGCCCGGAGCCCCCGGAGCCGGCCCCGCAGCCGCCCCACGGCCGGCCCGGGCGGCAGGACCCGGCGCAGACGGGCACGCGGCCUCCCAAGGCCUCGGGCAGGAGCGAGGGGCGCGGCUCCUCUCUGCGGCCCCCGGACCCGGCGCCACGUGGGACGGUGCACCCGCCGGGGGCGCCGCGGACGGACUUAGCCCGGCUCAGAGCAGGGCUGGGGUGA